AUGUCGUUCGCAUCAUCAAACAUCACACAGCCCCUCGUCAUCCUUCAGGACGGCAGCGGCAUAUCAGCCCUGUACAUCCUGUCCGCGCUGGUCGUAUCUUUCUACACGCUUUUCGCAUAUAGCAACAAGGAAAUUUAUCCCAACAUCCCCAGAGUCGGCCCAAAGGGCCUCGCCAGGCUAACAUGGACGACGCAAAAGGUGGACUUUGUCAUCAAUGCCAGGGAGCGACUCAGAGAAGGAUCUGAGCGUUACCCUGACCGCCCCUACAAGAUUUUCACCGACAUGGGUGACAUCCUCGUAAUUCCUCCGCACUACAUGGAGGAGCUGAAGCUGCUGGCGAGUAUGGACUUCAAGGCUUCUGCCUCGGAUGUGAGUCAAUCAUUUUGUGGCCGUUUUAGAGUCGAUACUGAUCUAGAGUACAGGAUAUGCACGCAUUCUCUCAUUGGACCGCUCUCACUCGAAGCAUGUGCGGCGGUCGAAGACAAUUUAAAAGCAUCCGACGAGUACUAUGAAAUCUCCCUCGACACAGUAAGCCUGCUCGUCUCCCGUAUGGGCUCGCGCGUGUUUAUGGGUCCUGAGCUGUCCGCGGACCCGAGAUGGCCGAAGGCGUCCACCGACUAUGUCCAGGCCGCCUUUGCCACGGCCUACCUUAUCAGUAUAUUUCCCCGAGUCAUUAGGCCUUACAUCAGUUGGCUCCUCCCGCCCACUUAUCUCGUCCGGCAUAGGAUGGCUCGAUGUCAGGCGAUUUUAAAACCGCAUAUCGAGAACCGUGCCGCCGCCAAGGCCGCCGCAGCCGCUCGGGGUGAGCCCGAUCCGUACAACAGUGCGAUCGAAUGGUUCGAGAGGGAGUGCUCCCCGGACCACAACCCUACCGAUUACCAAAUCACCCUGAAUCUCGUGGCUAUACAUACGACCUCUGACCUGCUUUUCCAAGCCCUUAUCGACAUCGCCAAACACCCGGAGAUUAUUGCUCCGUUGCGCGAAGAGCUUAUUAAUGUUUUGCCUUCUACCGGACUCAAUAAGGCGGGAUUAUCAAAGCUAGAACUAAUGGACAGCUGCUUUAAAGAGACCCAGAGAUGUCGCCCGGUGGCCACAGCUCUCUUCCGUCGUCUAGCCCUUUCCGACGUCAAACUAUCAGACGGCUUCGUCGUGAAAAAGGGCUCCAAGGUCAUAGUGGACGCCAAUCGCCUGCAGAGCCCAGAGCUGUACGAAGACCCGGACAAGUGGGACCCCUACCGGUUUAUGCGCCUGCGCCGAGUGCCCGGCGAGGAGGGCAGGGCGAGCCUAGUGAGCUCGACGCAGAGCCACUUCGGCUUCGGUUACGGCAUUCACGCCUGCCCGGGACGCUUUUUUGCCGCCAACCUGGUCAAGGUCGCCAUGGCGCACCUGCUUCUCAAGUACGAUUUUGCCAUCCCCGAGGGCCAGCGGGAAUUGGGGGGUAUGGUCAUCGGGUCGAACCAUGUGGCGCACCCCAAGGCGAGGCUUUUGAUUAAAAGCAGGAGGCCCGAGAUUGAUAUUGAUUCUUUGCCGAUAUGA